AUGCCAUUAAAUUUCUUGCAGUUUUAUUCGAAAUCUUUAUUAGACGCUGAUAAUCUGUCGCCGGAGCGGAAUAUCGAAGGAGCAUCACAUGAAAUUGAGAACGGUUAUCCGCUGGUUGCCGAUCUGGAGCAGCUUCGCCUGCAAAAUGAGAUCCGCAUGUCGGUGGAAAGUGUUAUCCAGGAACAGGCUUUCUUGCCGGUACCGCUACUUUAA